UGACAAAAAAAAGAAACUCUUUGACGUCAAAGGAUUGCGUUACAAGUUGAUACAGCACCAAAAUAAACGUAUUUUAGUUAAAAAGUUAUUAUUUAAAAGUUGUUAAAUAUGAAGUUAACUUUACGACGUUACUCUUUGCUGUUGUGUCUGCAAUUUACCUUUUUAUUAGCCGAUUUGUUCUUCAACACCUUUGCGCAUAUUUUCCUCAAUGAAAAACUACAAUAUUCUAUUGUGUUGUAUGUAAUACAAGACGUCUUCAUUAUUUGUGAAUAUGUAUUUUUCACAUUUGCUGUGCAUUCCACCUGCGUUUAUGAAGUCGGCGGUGCUUCUGUCAUUUUCCGAAAUUGCAAGUUUUUCCUCAUCACAAUCCUUACAUAUUUCCUACUCUCGGCCACGCAACACUUAUGGAUUGUGUACAAUGUCAUGUGGGCGCCAGCUGCAGAUUGGUCAAGCACUUUAACAGCAUUGGCUUUCGUGCAACGCCUGGUGUCCUUUGUUUAUUACUACACAUGUAAACAUACGGCUUUAGUUGUAUCUGAUCCGCGUUAUUAUGAGGAAAAUAUUGAUUGGAUUGCCGAACAACUGAGUGAUAAGUAAAAUGGAUAUAAAUGUUAAUAUUAAACAGCCAAGCUAAAUGAAGCAACAUACAAUAACUUAAUUAAGUAAAAAAUUACGUUUUAAAAAUUGAUUCUCUCUAAUAAAACUCUCUAUCGCAAAAUGUAUAUAA